AUGUUUCCUAGAAUACUGCUAAGUAGAGGCCUUCGAGCAGCAACGAUAGUAGAUGUAUCAGCACCACGAUCUCGCUUUCCUUGCCUGGCUCAUAGAGCUUUGAGCUCGCUCACCAAAGAUGCGUCGCAAACAUAUCGGACCUCCUUUAGGACUAUUACACCUAAUACCGCCAGUUUAAAAUGCAAGAUUCGACAACCACUUAUACCGUCACGAUCAUCCAGUACAUCCAUCCCCCUCUCAUCAGCAUCAAACACAUCCGACAUUAAAGCAAGUGAAGCUGAAUCUGGAUCAUCAGACACAAUUACGACUACAAAACCAAUAGUAGGCUACUGGUAUUUAUUCUCAGGCACACUGGUAUUUGGAAUUGUCGUUAUAGGUGGACUGACUCGACUCACAGAGUCUGGAUUGAGUAUUACGGAAUGGAAUGUGUUUAAGGGUAUGAAACCACCUACAAGUCAAAGUGAAUGGGAGGAUGAGUUUAACAAGUACAAGCAGUUUCCAGAGUAUCAGUUAUUAAACCGCCACAUAACCCUCGAAGAAUUCAAAUUCAUCUUCUACAUGGAAUGGGCGCAUCGCAUGUGGGGUCGUGCAAUCGGGCUCGCAUUCAUACUCCCAGGACUGUAUUUCGCGUCAAAGGGAUACAUGACUCCCGGAAUCAAAAAGAUGUCACUGGUAGUGGCUACGCUGAUAGGUUGCCAGGGUGUGUUAGGGUGGUAUAUGGUUCGUAGUGGAUUAAAGGAAGAAAUAUUGCAUACUCCUGGUGCUGUACCAAGGGUUAGUCAAUAUUUCUUGGCUGCUCAUUUGGGAUCUGCGUUUGUGAUUUACUCGAUCAUGUUGUCUGCUGGGUGGGGGAUUCUGAGGGCUAAUAAGGUUAAGGCUUUAGCGGGCCUCUUGACAGCUUUACGAAACCCAGCGCUAAAACCACUCCGAAGAUACGCUCAUAUAACAACUGGACUAGUCUUUUUGACCGCUUUAUCAGGAGCCUUUGUAGCUGGACUAGAUGCAGGGUUGAUUUAUAACGAGUGGCCAUUAAUGGGAAAUGGAGUCGUACCCUCUGAUAUGUGGAUGCCUGAAAAAUCAUGGUGGAGGAAUUUACUUGAAAAUCCAUCUGCUGUGCAGUUUGAUCAUCGUAUUCUGGCAUAUUCAACAUUCACCGCCAUCAGUGCUCUAUGGAUGUACUCGAGAGCGUUACCAUUACCCCCUCAAGCUAGAGUAGCUGUCAAUUUGCUGAUGGGUGUUGCGUGCAUCCAGGUCACUCUCGGUAUAACAACCUUGAUUUACUUUGUCCCUAUUCCAUUGGCUGCUGCUCAUCAAGCAGGAUCAUUGACGCUGUUGACAUCAGCACUUUGGCUCAUGCAUGUACUCAAAGCUGUGCCAAAAUAA